AUGCAAAAUAGUUAUGAAGAGAUUCUUUUCGACGAUGUAGCUAGCGACAACACACCUUCUGAAGGGGAAGCCUUAACCCCUGUUAAUGUGGAGCUCGUACACGAUGAAAAGAAUAAUACAGAGGAAGAGAAGGAGGAAGAGGAGUAUUUGAUGCGUGUUCCGUUUUUGGCGCCACGUCGAGCAUCAACUUUCUGCAACACUCCUCCUUCAGACCAUAGAAAUAACAGCAAUGGACUCACAGUUUGUCAUGUCGCUCAUUCAGUGCCACAAGAUGAGAACCCAGUUGGACUACCUGCCAAUGCGGCUUUCCCCAUGAAUUGUAUUCGAAAGGGUGUUGACGAGGACGACAAGAGCAUUUUGCAGGUUACUUUAGAAAGACUGUUCAAGGAAACUCCACGUUCCAACACUUCGACAAUACCCAUUUGCAGCUACUUGUUACAGAGCCACUUGGGUGUGUCCUCGGGCGAGUUCCGUGAAGGACAACAAGAGGCUGUGCUUGCCAUUUUGCAAGGGGAAAGCACUCUUGCUGUCUUUCCCACUGGCUGGGGAAAGACGCUCUGCUUUCAGGUGCCAAUUCUUGUUCACAGACUGCUCUUUCAGCAGAAGCUCAUGUUGUGGAAACAGAAGCAAUUAGAAAAUGUAUCGUUACCGGAAUAUACGGCGCCGUGCUCCCGAUUUGGUGUGGUCGUUUCUCCCUUGCUGUCGUUAAUGGCCGAUCAGGUUGAAAGGAUUACGAAGGAUGGCUCCUUGAAGGCAGUUAUUCUUUCCUCAGCUACCUCGGGUGCACGUGAUAAAGAUCUCUUGGAAAGUUUGUCUUCCCCAGUGUGUAAUAUUGACUUGGUUUUUCUAUCACCUGAAAAGAUUGUACGUCACCGUGAGCUUCGGCAAGUACUGAAGGGUCAAGUUCACCGUAUCGCAUUCAUAUGCAUUGAUGAGGCCCAUUGUGUUUCCCAAUGGGCGUAUGAUUUUCGACCAUCCUUCCUGUACGUUCAUCGUGUGCUUGAAGAUAUAGUCUUGGGAGGAGAUUUUUCUCCCCCAUUUCUUUGUCUCACAGCAACGGCAACGCCAUCAGUAAUCGAUGAUUUGCAGUCGACAUUCAAUAUUAGGCGAACAGUCGUUGUACCCUAUCAGCGAGCAAACCUCCAAUUGGAGGCAGUUUCUCUCCUGAGUGAAAACGUAACGAAGGACUCUCCUCCCACUCACAGUGAUUUGCGGGAGAAGCUGUUGCAGACAGUGCUCGAGCUUCCAAAACCGAUGCUUGUGUACGUACAAACUCGGGCCGACGCCGAUGAACUGGCUAAAUUUCUCUCGUCCAAGCUGGGGGCUGCACAAAAUGGAAAAGCGAGGAAAAAGGGGGAUAAAACACGUUCUUUAUUGUUUACCAGCGCCACUCAUGAAAAGAUACAAAACGGAACGGUGGAAAAUAUCACUUCUGGUGUUGAAGGGAGACCCCUCGUAAUCCAAAGUUAUCAUGCAGCACUCGAACGGCAUGCCCGAACAAAGUGCCAAAAUCAGUUUAUGCAUGAUCGGAUUGACGUACUGAUUGCGACUGUUGCGUUUGGAAUGGGCAUUGAUAAGCCAAAUAUUCGUUCUGUGGUUCACGCGUCGGUGCCAAGCUCAAUAGAAAGCUACGUCCAAGAAACUGGUCGCGCUGGACGUGAUGGCAAAUUAUCCAUUUGCAGACUUUUGUACAACCCAUACGACUUUUAUGCACUGCGCUCUCGCCUGCUUUCCUCCCUGGUGUCCCCCACGGAGAUGCUGUCGGUUGUGACUCACAUUCUCUCCAGCCCCGUUACUAGGUUUGGAGACAAACUUAUCGUGGUGUCUGUGUCAAAGAUUUCGGAAGAGCUAAUGAUGAGCGAAGAGACGGUGGAAACUGUUCUUUUCAUGAUGCUUACACUGGAAAGUGGAGUCUUGACCGCAUGCCAUGGAACGUCACCAACUGGUUAUCGUGUCAUCCGUUGGUCUACUGAAAUCAACACAACAACAAGUGGAAAGCGCAAGCGGGAUCGGGACGUUCAAUCGGGUGUUGGCAGCGCAUUGGCUCAGCUCGAGGCGUUAGAUGGUGUUUUCGAGACGUGUCGAAACAACAAGCGAAUGGAGAGCGUUGUGAAUGCAGCGAAUGCGUUGAAUAUGUCUCUCAAUGAUUUUAAUUUUAGGCUUGAUGACCUCUCCGCCUCGGGAUUCGUGUCACUGCAGAAACUGCCGACAGGUUAUGUCAUAACAGUUGGGGAUCGCUUCGUUGAGGUUUCUUCACCCACUGCUCGGCAAGAGCUAGCAACGCGCCUAUGGUCGCUGUAUAACAACCGCCUUGAGUCUCUCGUCAAAUCUCUCGAAUUGACAUUUGCCGUGUUGCGGUGCCCAACGCAUGAUAGUGUGCGGGCAGGACUUGAAUGGGAUCCGAGACGCAACUUAUCGUCUGAGUUUCUUUUGCAAAAGGAAGGAAUUCCGUGCUGGCAGGCGCCGCGGCGUAGUUUGACCAAAGUGGAUGCUGUAAUGACAUUAAAUGACUUUGUGGAGAAGAACCGCACGCGAAUUAACGGUUCUUAUGAGGCCGCUCGGGCAUUACUUGGCGUUCUGCCGAAGAGUCUAACAAGUCGCGGCAAAUAUGCCGGUGAACUUCCUCUUGCUCUGAGUUGGUAUGUGCGUUCUCCCCACUUUGGGUUGCUGAGGGAGUUUGAUUUGCAGUUGAUUUUAAAGUUACUUACACCACACAACUUGGACGAAAAGGAAGAAACGUAG